AACGGUGUCUGACUUUUUGGAGCGGAGCAACGCGACGCUGUUCUACGAGAGCACGGGCUGGCAGGACUACAGCGACGUCGUCGUCGACGCUAACCUGCAGACGCUGAAGUUUUACGGCCAGUUGAACUUCAACCUGACAGUGUUCACCAGCACAAAAGCAGCGACACCCUGGGCUGCCGACGAGUACACCCUCAGCCGCAGGGGGCGCCGCCUCACGAUGCACAAAGUGGCCGACGAUGCGAGUCGUGACCCGCGAAAAGCGCGGAACCAGUUGGCUCAUCCUGACUACAACCAUCGUCACGGGACCGACCGAAUCCUGUCGCAAAUUGCAGAUGUAGUGUUUGGCCGAAGCAGCGUAGGGGACGAACAGCCGACGGUGCACGGCGGUUCUUCUGAGUCAGAGGGGGCUAUUGCAAUGGAAAGGGACAUCAACGCAGCAACCGAAGGCGCAUUUGAAUCUUCGGAAUUGGACGACACUGACGACGAGAAAAGCGAAGAAAAUGCGUCCGUUCGAGCAUUGACUGCGUCCUCCGGGUCAUCUCACACGCAGCAAUUGUUCUCCACCCCGUACGAGGAGUCGGUAGUUUUCCUGGCACAGAAAGCGCCAAAAGUGGCCGUCUCGGUGUACGGCCAACCGACAAACCUUUUGUUCGGGAUUCCCGAGUACGACGCGCUGGUUGGUCCGGGACCACUGACCGCGCAGGGCGUGCCGCGACCCAAACCGACAUUGUACUGGAGUCUGCAGGGCGCAGUCACCGGCGCCGCGUCUCAGCGCUGGUACCGUGUCAGCCAGAGCGAC